AUGAAAGUAUUCACUGCCCCUCUUUUAACUCUCGCAAGUCUUGCGUUAAAUUCAGUUGCUGCCCACGACGCUGAUUGUCAUACUCCGAGUGAAUGGACAGCACAAACAGCUCCAAUUGAGUCUUUUGCUGACAAGUGUGAUGGACCUGACCGAAUUACGGAGGCCCCACAUGGUGCUAUCGUCGUCGACGCCUCAGGCAAAUAUGACGGCAGCUAUAAAACUAUCGCUGAGGGUGUAGCUCACAUCCCGAACACGACAGAUAACCACACUCUCUUUAUUUACGUGGGUACCUACCGAGAGCAAGUUCUUGUUCCGGAUCUUGCUGGGCCUCUGGUUAUCCAAGGUUACACCUGCAGUCCAAAAACAUACACUGCAAAUCAGGUGACCAUCACCUAUGCCAAGGCUGCGGACGAUAUUGCACCAGAGAUUCAGAACAACCGCAACCGUUUGUCGAGUACUUUGGCGUUCACCUCCAAAAGUGGCGUGAAAGUGUAUAAUAUCAAUAUUGAAAACACUGCUAGCGCAACCGAAGACCGUGGACGUGCUGGCGCUGUGUACAUUGACCAGUCGGACUACGGGUUCUAUGGGUGCCAGAUUAAGAGCAAACGUGGUGCUCUUACUGCGAAUCGGGGCCUUGAGCUUUUUGUCGACACAUAUAUCCAGGGUGCCGAGAACCUCAUAAGUGGCAGGGAAGGUAUGGCAUGGUUCGAUAGGUGCAGCAUUGAGACAAAUGGUGAAGGUUGGAUCACCGCUAAUGGCAACAAUCAAAGCGAGAUUCAAUCUGAGUUUGUGAUCAACAAUUCGAGUAUCUACAGCGCCCUGGCGCCGGCGAACACGACUUACUUAGGUCGUCCAUGGGGUCAAUAUGCUCGUACUGUUGUCCAAAACUGCUGGAUCGACUCAGUCGUUAACCCCAAAGGAUGGACGACGUUUAAGAAUGAAUCGACCGAAAAUGUGUACUUUAAAGAGUAUAACAACACUGGUUCUGGUGCAGCUAAGGACAAGCGUGUGGAUUUCAGCGGACAAUUGGAGUCGGCCAAGGUGAUUUCUGAUAUUCUUGGCAAGGAUUACCAAACCAAGUUCUUCUACGAUUCGAAUCCGAGCGAAUGGACACCACAAGUAUCUCCACCUCUUAUUGCUGAUAGUUGUGAUGGACCUGACGCAAUGACUAAGCCCCCAGUUGGUGCUAUCGUCGUCGACGCCUCGGGCAAAUAUGACGGCAGCUAUAAAACGAUUGCUGAGGGUGUAGCCCACAUCCCAAACACGACUGAUAACCACACUGUGUUCAUUUUUUCAGGCGUGUACCAAGAACAAGUUCUUGUCUCGGAACUUGCUGGUCCUCUGGUUAUCCACGGAUACACUUGCAACUCAAAGGCGUACACUUCAAACCAGGUAACCAUCACCUAUGCCAAGGCAUCGGACGACAUUGCACCCGAGAUCCAAAACAACCGCAACCGUUUGUCGAGUACUUUGGCGUUCACCUCCAAGAGCGGCGUGAAAGUGUACAAUAUCAAUGUUGAAAACACUGCUAGCGCGACCGAAGACCGUGGACGUGCUGGCGCUGUGUACAUUGACCAGUCGGAUUACGGGUUCUAUGGGUGCCAGAUUAAGAGCAAACGUGGUGCUCUUACUGCGAAUCGUGGCCUUGAGCUUUUUGUCGACACAUACAUUCAAGGCGCCGAGAACCUCAUAAGUGGCAGGGAAGGCAUGGCAUGGUUCGACCAGUGCCGCAUUGAGACGACUGGUGAAGGUUGGAUCACCGCUAAUGGCAACAAUCAAAGCGAGAUUCAAUCUGAGUUUGUGAUCAACAACUCGAGUAUCUACAGCUUCAUGGCCCCGAAGAACUUGACGUUUUUGGGUCGUCCUUGGGGCCAAUAUGCUCGUACUGUUGUACAAAACUGCUGGAUUGACUCAGUCGUCGACCCUAAAGGAUGGACGACGUUCAAGAACGAAUCGACGGAAAAUGUGUACUUUAAAGAGUAUAACAACACUGGUGCUGGUGCUGCUAAAGACAAGCGUGUGGAUUUCAGCGGCCAAUUGGAUGCGGCUAAAGCGAUCACGGAAAUUCUUGGCAAGGAUUACCAAACCAAGUUCUUCUACGAUUCGAAGUAUUUCUAA